AUGUCAAUUUCCGGAGACAGCCAUAGAAGCUCACCUCAGACCUACGAGCCUGUCGUGCCAACGGAUCUCACUCGCGGUUCCUACCACAGCGCAAUGGGACCCCCGCCGCAACAUACAACCCACGAGACCCGCAGCUCGUCCGAGAGCAGCGGGGCCUCACUGAAGAGCCCUCGUACAGCUCGCUUUGCCGAGGCCACCACAAUUCACUCGCCAAUCGAGCAACGAGACCGAUCUCCAUUCGCCGAUCCCCAGAAGAAUAACUCUAAUGGUGGCGUGGGAGAUCUUGGAUUCGGAUAUGUGAAGGCCAAUGAUCCAGCUCAACAUGCAGACGACUCGAUGCCGCCGGUCUCACCCUGGAGAGCCGAUAUGAAAGUCCCCAACACCGCUCGUUCUUUGAACCCACUCAGUCCGACUUUCCGCGAGGAGUAUAUGCUCGAGAAGAACGAGAAGACUGCCGAGAAGGAGAAUGCCCGUGACUUGAGGAUAAAACUUCGAGUCCGUAUCGCCAAGAUCUUCCUCCGUUUCGUCAACUUCGGCUGCAGUCUGAUCGUCCUGUCCCUGCUGGCGGUGACCCUGACUGUCUUCGAAACAACCAAGUCUCUCCCAACCCGCAACAGUCUCCCCGCGUGGGCCGAGGGUACCAACCCAUGGGCUCAAUACUUGCUUCUAUCAAUGGCUGGCGUUUCACUCCUUGCCUGCCUGAUUGUAUUCUGGAGCUACUGGAAGGGUGGUCACAAACGUGCCGAGAAGACCGCCAUCUACUACACCGUCUUCUCGAUCGUGUUUUUCGGCCUCAGCUUGAUUAUGUGGAUUGUCGGUGCUGCCGUCUACCAAAACUCCAAAGCAAAUGGCAACAGCAAAGAUAUGUGGGGAUGGUCCUGUGCCCAGAACACCCGUGAGGAAAUCUAUCACGACGUGAUCGAUUACGCUCUCGUCUGCCGUCUUCAGGACUGGGGACUGGUCUGCGCAAUCAUCGAAGUCGUCAUCGAGGUCCUCGUCAUCCUCAUCUACGCCGUAGUAGCCUACAGAAUCUGGACCAAACGACGGUUGAUGAAAUCCAUGAACGGCCGCGACCAAGCCCGAGACGACCUCUACCUCGCCCAACUCCGUCUCAAAUCCGCCCCGAACACCCCCGGCUUCGCAGGAUUCUCCUCCUACCCGCCGAAAUCCCCCUUCGCCGCCGCAACCCCAGUAGGAGACCCCUACUCAACCGCCGAGAAGGGCCAGAUGCCAACAACGCAAUACGCAUCCCCGCGUUCACCAACAAGACCCGUCCCCUCUUUCCAGCUUCAACCACCGCCCAUCCGCGUCCAACAACCCACCCCCAAAACUGCCCAGGAGGAAUUCUCGCACCCCUCAUCGCACACCCCCUCGCCGCCACCGCAGUCGCCGCCUCAGCAUGUUUCUGCUGCGCCCGGUGAGACCGAGUACGAUGCCGUCCCCAUCCCUGGCGUGUACACCAGUCCUAUGGCGCCGACCUUCCCGCCUGCGGUGCACAAAUAG